AUGACGGCUCACGACGACGAUUUACAACCGGAGAAACUAAAUGUGCAGUUGACUGAUAUGAAUAAAACCAUGGAGCCGAAUGAACAAGCCGAAGAUGACGAACCAGAGGUAAUUCAGCUCAGGGUUUAUGCUCGUAGAUGGGUAAUCCUAACAAUUGUUGCUUUGUUGAACAACACCAACACAAUAUCGUGGAUUGCAUUUGCCCCUAUUGCUAAUUAUGUCAAUAGCUUCUACGGAGAAAACAGUGCUGCAUGGUUCUCCAUGGUAUAUAUGAUGUGUACAAUACCAGUAGGAUUUAUCGCCAUGUGGGCAGGACGUCGUUUCGGUCUACGAAGUGCGAUUCUUAUUGCGGGAUGGACAAAUGGAAUAGGAGGAUUGAUCCGAUUGUCCAGCUCAUUCUUUCCUCCGAAAUAUCGCUUUCCCGUUGGAAUUACUGGGCAAGCCAUUGCAGCGAUUGCUUAUCCUUUCAUAAUGUUUCUACCUACAAAGGUUGCCGGAUCAUGGUUUCCUGACACACAGCGCGGUCUAGCAACAACUAUUGGUGUGAUGUCAAAUCCACUCGGUGUACUACUAGCUAAUAUCAUUAGCCCUCAGAUGGUUCAUUCACCACAGCAUGUGGUGUAUCUUAAUGUAUUCACAUGCGUUCCAACCUUAGUUGCCAUGAUUCUUGCGACGGUAGCAGUGAAACGUAGUGAACCAAAAGUGCCACCAACUUUUAGUGCAAGCAAGCCUCAGAUGGACUUCAUCCCAGGUCUUAAAGCCUGCAUGAUGUCAAAACAGUACCUUAUCUUGUUUCUCGUUAUGGGAGGUGGUAUUGGAAUGUUCAAUUGUCUAUACACUAUUAUGCAGGAACUUCUUUGUCCUUCCGGCUACUCGAAUUCAUUUGUUGGUAUAUGUGCUGCGCUUAUGAUAGUUGGAGGAAUCUUUGGAGCUGCUGGAAGUGGAGUUUUUGUUGAUCGUACGAAGAAGUAUGAAGAGACUAUGAAAGUUUCCAUGGGUAUGGCUGUUGUCUUCGGCCUUAUUUUUAUGCAGCUAACGCUUCACUCUAAUUUCGCCCCUUUUCUUGCCAUAACAUGCGUACUGUUUGGGAUCUUUGGUCUCGCAACAUAUCCGGUUGGACUUGAGCUUUCUGCAGAGUGUACUUUUCCGGUAUCAGAAGCUACCUCGACUGGGUUAAUAGUUCUGUCUGGGCAGGUCCAAAGUGUCUUGUAUGUCCUUGUAAUGAAACAGUUUGCUCGACCUCUUAAACCGGACCGUAUGCACAUUCAGGUUUGCUCUCUCGACGCAUUUGACACAUUGAAUCAACCAAAAGAUAACACACAGGCUGUUAUGGUUGGUCUUAGUAAAGUAUUCUCGCUUCUGGCUGCUCUUCUCGUCCUCGUCCUUGUCGUAUUAUUCAAGCCUGUAUAUCAUAGAAUUGAAGCUGAGAAGGAGAAUAGAGCUCAAAUCGAUAAGGAAAAGAAAGCUCGAAUGAACAAUGGGAAGAUAACUCUUCCUUGUGAGAAUGUCACUCAACCUCUGAACAAUGAACAAAAUGCGUAG